AUGGGCGGACACCAUAGCUAUCACUGCCACGACAGAGCAGUUUGUGUGGGAAACGGAAAACGAGAAGUAACAAACAGUGUAUUGUCGGACACUAAUGAAGUCGUAGGUAGAGCUACAGACCUCUGCUUUGUAAUCUUGGCCUUAAAGAUGUGUAUGAGCAAACGAUUCAACAAAGCCCCUCAAAGCCCUGAGGAUAUGAGGCUGAAAAGCUUUUGGUUAGAGGGUGUGAAUGAAAUAUCAGAAAACACGGCCCUUCCACGAAGUUUUGAUAGAAGCAAAGAAACUGAUAUCAUCAUUCAUGGAUACUUGGUGGAUUCGUCACUUCCGGAGAUAAAGGACCUGGCGUCCUCCUUGAGAAAAAGAAAGCACAAUGUCCUGCUUAUUGAUUGGGGUAGAGGAGCCAGCAUUAAUUAUGCUCAGUCUGCCUCUAACGUCCAGACUGUUGGAGCCUAUGUGUACCAAUUUCUGAAAAAGAACAAGAUUCCCUGGAAUACAGUCCAUCUCAUGGGACAAGGAUUGGGAGCACAUGCAGCUGCAGAGGCGGGAAAACUUUCAAAAGGAAAAAUAGGUCGUAUCACUGGUUUGGACCCAGCUAGUCCCUUGUUUGAAAAUUCAUCGUUUGCAAUUAACAAGGAUAGUGCCCAGUUCGUCGAUAUCAUUCAUACAGACGCUAGACCUUUUGGUUAUGGAAUGAGAAAACCAUGUGGUCACCUGGAUAUCUACGUCAAUGGCGGAAGGAGGCAACCAGGGUGUACAUAUAACCCAAAAAAACCGGUCAGGAUCCAUAAGCUUAAAAAGGCGACUUUCAGCAAAGCUUGUGGACAUCUGAAAGCUGUAGCAUACUACGUGGAAUCCAUUAGAGACAAGUGUAAGUUGAGGGCCUGUGAAUGUACCUAUAAGAAGUUUUUGGCGUCCAAAUGUAGCCGUACCAAGUGUGUGUUCUGGGGAUACGACACCACUAAAGGGGCUAGAGGAACAUACUACGGCUUAACAGCCACCGCCUUCCCCUACUGUAGAACUGACGGUACUGAGUAAACAUUGUGGAACAUGAGAAAUUUCGCGCCAGAUUUCGAUGUUUUUUUUUCUUUUUUUUAAUAAUGUAACCAAUGUCUUUUCUCUUAUAAACUACUUUCCUUGCUUUA